GAGAGCUUGAUGAAUUGCCCAGAGAUCCCUGAGCAGUUGGGAAGCAGUUUACUGCUGUCCCUGGCAUCUGAAGGGAUAAGUAAGAGCAUGAACAAGAGCAUCCACAUCCUCGUCACCAGAGCAGAAUCACCGGGAAACAGUGUCAAGAAGAAAAUAGUGUCUCUGGAUCUUCCAGAAGGCGGUUCUCCACGCUAUCUGGAAAAUGGCUAUACAUUUCAUCUAGAAAACCUGAGCCUGGGGAUCCUGGAAAGCAGAAAGGAAAAUGAAGGCUGGUACUUCAUGACCCUGGAGGAGAACUUUUCAGUUCGACACUUUUGUCUGCAGCUGAAGCUCUAUGAGCAGGUCUCCACUCCGGAAAUUAAGGUGUUGAACUGGACCCAGGAGAAUGGGAACUGCAGCUUGACACUGGCCUGCGAAGUGGAGAAAGGGGACUAUGUGGUUUACAGCUGGAGUGAGGAAAUGGCUACCGACCCACUGAUCCCAGCCAACGGUUCUUACCUCCUGCACCUCAGCCUCGGCCCUCAGAAUGUCAACAAUGUCUACUUCUGCACCGCGAGCAACCCCAUCAGCAGCCGCUCACAGAUCUUCACCCCGCAGUCCAAGUGCAGGCCAGAAUCUUUAGAAUCAACACAAUGGGGACUGUAUGCCGGGCUGCUCUUAGGGGGCAUCGUUGGUGUCAUCUUGAUUCUUGAAGUGGUAAUACUGCUGUUGAGAAGAAGAGGUAAAGCAAAUCAUUACCAGCCAACAAUGGAAGCAAAAAGCCUUACUAUUUAUGCCCAAGUCCAGAAAUCAGGUUCUGCUCAGAAGAAACCUGAUCCCCUGCCAGCUCAGGACCCCUGCACCACCAUUUACGUUGCUGCCACAGAACCUGUCCCAGAGCCUGUCCAGGAACCAAAUUCCAUCACAGUCUACGCCAGUGUGACACUUCCAGAGAGCUGACACCACAGACUCAGUGAAGGGACUUUCUGAGGGAAUAUAGAGGGGCUACAGUAAACACUGAACUUGGCUCCAUGUCCCAAGCUCCCAUGACACUCUGCACAUCUGUACUCUGCUCAGAUCAACUCCUCGGUGAUGCUUCUUCCACAGCCACCUGUGGGAUGGACAAGGGACUGAGGCUUUCCGAGCACUCAGCCUGCUCCUCAGAGCCCAGGCCUGGAAGAGAGAACUAUAGGUACAGCUUUCCAGCUUUGUGGUAUAGCAGACGGAAUGAGUCAUGUGGGUCCAGUGAGCCCAGACCUCCAGCUGUCUUGCUCCGUGCUGGGACUGGACAAGAAGAGCUGAAGGCAGGAAGCUGCGACACCUAGUACCUCUCUCAGACAGCUGACGUCUGCAACGUCUUACGUCUUGGCUGCCUGUGCUUGGUCCUGGGAGCUGACCCUGCUCCACACAGACCUGAUCGAGGCUCUGCGCCUCACUUUCUCUCUCUGGACGGGCAGUGAAGGGUGAACUCCUUAUUAUAUGUAGAACACUCUGAGAUUAUUCUCUGAAAGAAGCUAAUAGAGUCAGUAUUUUAUUUGCAAAACCCAG